AUGCUAAGGAACGUCUACGACUCCAGAUUAUUCGUGUACUGGUGCUCUUUAACCGCUAUAAUAAUAUUUUACAUGACUAGCGUAAUUAUUAUAUGCGUAUUAGAAAAUAAACAUCCUGAAUCCAGUUUUUCGAAUCUUAAUCAAGAGGAAAAAUUUACUGGCAAUGGUUUCAUGGCGAUAGCACAAAAGAUUUCCUACUACUAUCCCUUAUCUUUCUCCAAGCUACCUUGGCCUCAAAAACCGAAUAAUUUUGUUAAGAAACCGAAUAUCUCUCCUUCAUAUGAAUUGUCAUUGGCAAAGCUAGAAAUGAAACGAAUAUCGAACACCGAACAUUCCGAUAUGAACAACUACAUCGAACUCUUAAAUACUCUUAUACAUAGGAAUAAUUCUCCAAAUCUUGAGAGAUCAUACAUAAACCAGGAUUCUGAGUAUGAUUCUCUUCCGCGUCGUGAUAAUAUUGAAGUUAAUGAAUUAGAUGAUCUACCUGUGAAUGAAAAACAGUUUAUUGCACAUGAAGAUGAUAACCAAAAAUCUUCAUUUAAUUCCAGAUUAAGACUGAAUAAAAAUUCAUUCAAACCCAGCAAACACCCUAUAUCUUCCCAAGCUUCUAAAACUCGAAUUAUUACUUCAUCUAUAGAAUAUAUGUCAUCUACGACUUAUCUAGAGGCUAUAAUUGAUCAGCGUAAAAGUUUAGAAAAUUUGAUACAACGCUUUUCCGUAUUAUCAAAAUUUUCAAGAUUGUUAGAAACUUUAAAAUAUUCCUCGGAAGAGAAUGCUUUGCAUAUAUUAUCAAUAUCAAACAAAUUAGACAAAGCCACAACAAUUAAAAAUCGUAUUAAACAUAAAAACACGGCUAAACUGUUGCUCCCAUUGUGGCCAGAAGAUUCUAAUACCACUGACAGAAUCAUGGAACAAUUAUCUCUGGCCCCCAAAAUGUUAAACUUUAAAUCAUCUUCCAAACGAUCUUGCCAUCCUGAUAAUAUUUUUCCCGAUUUCUUCCACUAUACACUAAACAAUUCCACUUAUAAUGCUAGUACACACAAGAAAUUGUCUACUAAAGUUAUAUACGUGGCUACUCAUUUACAUCCAUCCUGGAAUGACAUUCCUUAUGGCUGUAGGGGUCUGCAUAAGUCUAAAUGCGCUUUCACCAAUUGUUACCUAACCGAUUCCGCGGAUCCUGCUGGUAUACCACGUCAGAAAGCCCAUGCGGUCUUAUAUAGAAACGCUUUCCCCACAAAAUCGGAAAGAAACAUAGAAAGAAAUCCUGCUCAGAUCUGGAUAUUUCACUCCUUGGAAAGCCCUAUGAAUAUGCACACUGGGGGUAGGCUCUACUCCAUGUUCAAUUGGACUGCUACUUAUAGACAUGAUUCGGAUAUAGUCACACCUUAUGCUAAAUAUAUAACAAGCCAGUAUUCUCGAUCAAGAGAAUCCAAAGAGUCAAAAAUAAAUGCUAAACGUGUUAAUGUGUCUCUCACAUUAAAUAAGACAGUUGAAAAAUAUUUAAAACUGACCAUUGCUUUAAAGUCUCACCUUAAAUCCCACGAUACUCUCUUAGACGAUGAAAUAGUUAAUCUUGCGAUCAAAACGAGUACCAAAAAUUAUGCAUCCGGAAAGACCAAAAUGAUCGCUUGGUUUGUUUCCAAUUGUGGAAGCCAAUUGAGACUAGAUUACGCCAAUACACUGAAUAAAUAUAUGCCCGUGGAUAUAUAUGGAAAUUGUGGGGAUUCCCCGCUGAGUUGUGCGAGAGAUGAAGGUACCAAAUGCUUUGAAAUGCUUGAUAAGGAUUACAAGUUUUAUCUCUCUUUCGAAAACUCACGGUGCAAAGGCUACGUAACGGAGAAAUUUUUCGAAAACGGAUUAAAGAAUUCCAUAAUUCCUAUAGUAAUGGGCCCAUCUAAAUCCGAAUAUAUAAGGAUAGCUCCUAGUCAAUCUUUCAUUCACGUAGACGAUUUUCCUAGUCCUGCUCAUCUUGCUCUUUACUUGUACAUAUUAGACUCGGACGAUCAACUUUACAAUUCGUACCUCGCUUGGAAAAAUGAAGGGGGGAAAUUUGUGGAUACUAAGUUUUGGUGCCGAAUCUGCGCUAUGAUAAAUUAUUCCCACCUAAAUUUUGGUUUCUCGUCUAAUUCAACAUAUAGUAACGAAAAAACAAGGACUUACAAAGAUUUCAGUGGGUGGUGGGAAGGCGAUGGUAUUUGUAAACCUAGUCAUACACUUAAUUUUAAGAUGGAAUAAAAAGUUAUUAUAUAAUUUUGAAAAAUAAUUCUGGUUAUAGUAUUCUAAUUUACAUGCCAAAGCUAAUAUUGGUAUAUAAAAAAAAUUUAUUACGAGAUACAUUAACAUUUGUACAAAAUUUUAUUAAAUAGGUCGAUAGAAAAUAUAUAUUGCCCAUAGCUUAUUUAAACCUACUAUUAUUUAAAAAUUACUAGAAAAAA